AAACCCAGAAGAGAGCCCGUUCUAACGAUAAGAGCCAAAUAGACAGAAAGAUAGAGUGAAGAUCUGGAUCAUGAUGAAGACUCCCAAAGUUCAACAAAUUUCUGAGUGUUUUGUGAAACCUGAGAGUGCCCCAGAAGAAUCGAAGCAACCCCUGUAUUUGGGUCCAUGGGAUCUAGUAAUGCUGUCCGUCCACUAUAUCCAAAAGGGUGUUCUCUUCUCCAAACCAAACCAAGAUUAUGAUGAUGGAGAUUUCAUGGAAGCUCUUCUGGCCAAGCUCAAGAACUCCCUCUCUCUCACUCUGGUUCACUUUUACCCGCUUGCAGGCCGUUUCAAGACGCUGCUCCAGUCUGAAAAUCCACCUUCGUGUUUGGUUUAUGUGGAUUGCAGCAAUGAAAGCCCCGGAGCCAAAUUCAUCCAUGCAACUCUCGAUAUGACUGUGUCUGAUAUUCUGUCACCCACUGAUGUGCCUUCGGUUGUCCAAUCUUUCUUCGACCAUGACCGAGCAGUCAACUACGAUGGCCACACAGCGAGCUUGCUUUCCAUUCAAGUGACCGAGCUAGUUGAUGGGGUCUUCAUAGGCUGUUCUAUAAACCACGCCAUUGCCGAUGGAACCUCUUAUUGGAACUUCUUCAACAUGUGGUCUGAAGUCUUUCGAGGAACUACAACUAUCUCUCGUCCGCCCAUUUUCAAGCGCUGGUUUCCUGAAGGUCACGGCCCAAAAAUCAGCCUCCCUUACGCGCACCCUGACGAGUUUGUUGACCGAUUCGAAGCACCCGAACUGAGAGAGAGGGUCUUCCACUUCUCGAUGGAAUCAUUAGCAAAACUCAAAGCGAAAGCCAAUGCAGAGUACAACACAACCAAAAUCUCCUCCUUCCAAUCCUUGUCUGCACUUAUUUGGAGGUGCAUAACUAGGGCGCGUAAUCUUCCACCAGAACAAAUUACCAAUUGUAGAUUGGCAGCCAAUAACAGGGCACGAUUGGAUCCACCCAUUUCAGAAAAUUACUUUGGGAAUGCCAUUUAUCCAAUAAGAGGAUUUACCACGGUUGGUGAGUUACUGGAGCAUGAUCUCGGAUGGGUUGCGUGGAAGUUGCAUGAGGCUGUGAGCAACCAUAACGACAAGAGAAUUCGAGGGUUGAUGGAGGAUUGGCUUGAGACUCGGCGUGUGUUUCAACUCGGUCAGCUUGUUGACCCUUUCAGUGUGCUGAUGGGGAGUUCGGCUAGAUUUAAUAAGUAUGGGAUUGAUUUUGGGAUGGGGAAGGCAGUGGCUCUCCGCAGUGGCUUUGGGAACAAGAUGAGUGGGAAAGUGUCGUGCUACCCCGGACACGAAGGAGGUGGAAGUAUUGAUUUGGAGAUAUGCCUUCCGCCGGCUACUAUGUGUGCUCUUGAGUCUGACCCUGAGUUCAUGGAACCCAUUAAUUAUUGAGAAAUGGUAUGGGGCACUACGGGUAUCCAUUAACAAGAGGUAUAAUACUGUUAUUGGUACAAUUCAAUAAUGUGUCUCACAUAUAAUAUUUGAAUUUAAUAAGUAUUAUAAGGUAUUGUUAUUUAACCAUAGGUGUCACCUUAUUGGACACCUUAAGAAGAUGCGAAAUAGUUGAUAAUUUUGCAAAAUAGACAAAGGAGAUCUGAGAGAGAAUCAAAAUGGAGACUAAGUUUUCAUUAUGUCAAAA